GUGAUUUUCGCUAGUUUGAUUCAGUUUGCUCUCAUCAUCCAACAUGGAUAGAUCAAUAGUUUUUAUUUUUGGCAUUGCGCUGCUAGUUUCGUCGACUCAAGGAGCCGAAUUGAAUAGUGAAGCGACAUUAAGUUGUAAUGGAAAAGAAUUCAAGUGCUUUAACACAACACAUUAUCAACCAUGCUCAUUGACGGAACGUAGUGGUCAACAACCACAAUAUAUGAUCAACGGUAAUGUCUUACCAUGUGUUGCUGGAAAAAUGUGCAGCGAUGAAAGUGCAACAUGUUGUGGCACAUUGACCGAAAUCCCAGUCAAAGUUGAAACAGCUGCCAAAGAAGAUGCACCAGCUGAAGAGAUGCCAGUUCAAUCAAGCCCAUUGAAAUCACUUCCAGUUGAUGAACCAGUUGAUGUACCAGUCGCUGCUCCAGCUGCUCCAGCUGCUCCAGCUGCUCCAAACACCGAAACUGUUGCCGUCGCGGCACCAGCUGAAGAACAACAUAUCGCUGAAGCCACAAAAUCAGCUGAACCAGCCGCUGCACCAGCCGCUGCACCAGCACCAUCAGCAAAUUCCAGCGCCCCAGUUGAUAUGCUUAAAACCGAAGACACCAAAUCGAAGAAGAAGUUCAAUUUCAAAGGUUUGAAAAAAGUCGGACCAAUCCGUUUGGUUAAAGGUUUCCGUGCAGCUACAUGGCGACCAAAAAUUUCAUUGGACUCACAAAAAGAUAUAGCCGACAAUCUUCGUAAACGUAUCUAUGAACGUCGCAACAAAUAUGAAAAAUUCGUCGAUGUUGUAUUGGGCAAAGCCACACCAUUUAAUCAAUCCGCUAAACAACCAGCACCAGGACAACCGGCUUCUGAUCCAGUUUCCGAAUCAUGCGAAUCAACUGACUCAUGCGAUGACGAUUACGAUGAAUGCGCUGACGGCAGCUGCGAUGAUUAUGAAGAUAAUGGCUGUGACAGCAGCAGCGGCAGCAGCAGCGGCAGCAGCAGCGGAAGCAGCAGCGGAAGCAGCAGUGGAAGCAGCAGCGGAAGCAGUAGCGGCAGCAGCAGUGGCAGUAGCAGCGGCAGUGACUCAUGCGAAGAAGAUUAUGAUGAGGAUGACUGCAGUGAAGAAGAUGAAGACGAAUUGGAACCGGGAGAGGCUGAAGCUAUCUGGGAAGAAGAAGAAGUUGAAGGUGGUAUCGAAAUCGUUGAAGAAUGUCCAGAUGAUGAUGAUGAUGGUGACUGCUCGUCAGAGGAAUGCUCUGAUGAAGACGAUGACUACGAAUAUGAAGAUGGUAUUGAAGAAACCGUUCAAGUUCACCGUCCAGAUGAUGACUGUGAUGAUGACGAUUCAUGCGCUGAUGAUUCAUCAUCAUCAUCAUCAGCAUCAUCAUCAGCAGCAUCAUCAUCAUCAUCAUCAUCAUCAUCAGCAGCAUCAUCAUCAUCAUCAGAUGAUUGUUCAGCCGAUGACAGCUGUAUCGAUUCAUGCGAGGACGACGACGAAGAAUGCCAAAAGAAGCGUAAACAACAACAAGCCAACAAAAAUAAGAAGAAGAAGACUGGCAGCAAGAAGAAGAAGACCGGCAGCAAGAAAACUACAUCAAAGAAGUCUAGCAGCAAAAAAGCCGACGGUCAAAAGAAGAAGACCGGUGAAAAGAAGAAGGUCCGUUAUCCAGCAGUGCAAAAGAUCCGCAAGAGUUUGGCCCGUUCUCUCGCGAAUAUUACCGAAAAGGUUGUACCACCUAAAGCACGUAAAGGUGCCAUUGGCAAUGCAGCUACCGGUAUUCAAAAUGCUGUCCUUAACAAAGUUGAUGAUAUUUUAUCGAUCAAAGACAACGGUGGAUUGUUCAGCAAAAAGAAGAAUCAAAACAAUGAUAGAAACACUGGCUGUAGCAUUGUAGAAGGAUGGGAAUGUCCACGACAAGGAAGAUACGCACAUCCAAUCGAUUGCCAGAAAUACGUACAAUGUUCAAGACAAGGACCGUUCAAUCGUGAAUUAUCAAACACCGUUUACGAAUGUGAAGAUGAUGAAGCAUACGAUCCAGAUAUACGUUCAUGUACCACCGAUUGGUCAUCAUGUGAAGCACUUGAACAAUGUUUGUACCAUCGUCAAAUGAUCGAAGAUCCAUCGGAUGAGACUAGCUACUUUAUUUGUAUUCGUCAACAAAAUGGAUUCAGAGAAUCAUACGAUGUGUAUCGUCGUGAUUGUACCGAUGGCCGUGUAUUCGAUCCAGACUGGCAAUUAUGCACGGAAUGUGACGAUGCCGAAAAAAUCAAGAAGGCCAAGAAACGCCGUCAACGAAUCAAAAAACAAAAGAAAUGCCAAAAGAAAAAGGGACUAAAAAAGAACGGAGAACAAAAAAAGAAGACCCCAUCAAAGAAACAUUAAAUAUAAAACAACAACGAAACAAAUAAGGAGAUGAAAGAAAAGAUAACUGUUCAAUUAUCUUUUCUUUGAUAGAAAUCAUUCUUGAAAUGGUCUCUUUCAUGCUUUCUCUCUUUCAACAUUCAACCACAACAAAUAGCAAGGGCGUAAGAACCAUUCGAGAAGAAAAAAAAAUCUACAAAAAAAUUACCUAAU